AUGUGCAUAAUUGCAACAAUUAUUAGUACCAUGAAGAACAUUACGAGUAUUAUCCCUUUUGCCAUCAAGGAAUCUACAUAUUUUUGCCAAGCAUCGGUUAGCUUUGCUUUUCCUCUUAAUAAUGUAAUCAAAACAAAAGUCAGGUUUGCCAAAAGACAAAAUUGA